GUAGCUCUGACGGCGUCGAUCAGGGUGCGCUUCGAGAAGGAAUCAGGGAGGGAGGUGUGGAGAUUACGCAGCGAUGGAUGGAUCCCGUCUACAGCAGCACAGUUUAACGCUGCCUCCUGCACACAGCACCCAUGUUGUAAAACGAGAGAUGGAUUUUGCAGCAUUUUGUGAGUUUAGGGUCUAGGUUCUUGAGUUUCUCGAUUAUGAGGUUACAAGUUCUUCUCUUUGCGAUGUGUAGGAAAUUGUGGAGAAUAUGAAGAUGGUGGUGAGUUUGUUGCUGGUUCUGUUUCUGCAUCACGGCGUACCGAUCUCAUCGUUUAGCUUGCAAAUGGCGCCUUUCGAGGAUUUUCAACUAUUAGCUCCUGACGCGAAGGAGGAUGCCGACAGAAUUAUACGAUCUGCAAUGAACACCACCAUCGUGUACGAUCGUUUGGCUUACAUGACAGACACAAUCGGUCCUCGCUUCAGUGGCACACCUGCACUCGAACAGGCAAUUGACUGGAUCGUGGCAAGGGCUCAGGAGGACGGGAUUAUCGUCAAGACGGAGAAUGUAAUGGUGCCUCGAUGGGUGAGGGGAAGAGAGUUCGCCAAUCUUAUAGCUCCUCGCCGUAAGAGUUUACGCAUGUUGGGCCUUGGGGGCAGCGUGGGAACUGGAGGCACAACCCUCCGUGCUGAGGCCAUUGUAGUUUCCUCAUUCGUCGAGUUAGACAGACAGAAGGAAAAUAUCCGAGGAAAGAUCGUCGUCUACAACCAGGAGUUUGUUUCUUACAGUGAAACUGUAGUGUACCGCGGCUAUGGAGCAUCUCGCGCUGAAGCGUACGGUGCUGUUGCUGCUCUCGUGAGGUCCAUAACCCCGUUCGGCAUCCAAACGCCGCACACGGGCUCCAUGCACUCGUCCAACAUACCGGCUGCCUCCAUCACCAUAGAAGACGCCAUGAUGUUUGCUCGCAUGCAAGCGCGGGGGCAGACCCUUCAGAUCGAGCUCUACAUGGAGGCUCACGCUCUCCUCGACGCUCAAUCUCGCAACAUAAUCCUCGAGAUUCCGGGCUGCACCUACUCCGACGAAUACGUUAUCGUCGGUGGCCACACUGACAGCUGGGACAUUGCCGAUGGGGCCAUGGAUGACGGAGGCGGUGCAUUUGUUUCCUGGGAAGCUGUUCGGCUGAUCCAUGCACUAGGUCUUCGUCCCCUCAGGACCAUUCGGGCGGUGCUGUGGACAAACGAAGAGAAUGGCGCCAGAGGGGCCGAAUCCUACGCUGACAACCAUGCCUCCGAGCUCAUCAGGCACAGCAUCGCCUUGGAAUCUGACGUUGGCACAUUCUCCCCUAACGGCAUCUCCUUUGCAGGCUCCAGCGACGCCAGGAGAAUUCUCGAACUGAUCGGAGGAAGCUUACUAUCAGAAAUCGGAUCUGGAAACGUUUCUGGUGUUUCAGUUGGUGAGGAUGUAUCUUUCUUGAAUGCUAACGGCGUUCCAUCUGGAAGCUUGAAUGUGGAAGAUGUGAGAUGCGGGAGUGACGACAACAAUCCUUGUCUCCCCUACAGCCAUGCCCCAUAUCCAGCCUUCGACGAAGACAACUUUCUCAAGAGUGGCUACUUUUGGUACCAUCACACUGCAGCAGACACCAUCGACAAGCUGUCUUCGAGGCAGCUCCAGCACUGUGCUGCAACGCUUGGCGUCUGGGUCUACGCCAUUGCCAAUCUGCCCUUCUUGCUGCCUCGCUGAUCGAGAUUGUAUUAGGCAAGUUGUGGGUGGUUUGAUUCAGAGGUCAUCAGAACUGAUGCGGUUAAGACUGAAGCAGUAGUCUGGGAUAACGGAGCACUUGCAGUCUGGAAGCUGAACCGAGGAAACGAUGGAACUUAAGCCCUUCAAGGGAUGAUGCUUUCACGGCAUCGAGUUGUGUCCAAAUGAUGCUCAAGUUAAUCUCCUAGUUCUUAUGGUGUCACCUUGCCUUCAUCUCAGGUCAUAGUUAUUUCCUUGAGCUUAAUGUGACUUUAAAUGGAAAGUAUUUCUAGAUUCAUUAUCUAGCAAACUCUAAAGGUGCAUCUAUGGGAGACUGUUACGCGAAGCAAAUGCUUUCGUUUGCUCCAUUCUUCAGCAAUUCUUUUCAGGUGCCAUGGUUUGUUUUUCUAACAAAGCCGAUAAAAUACUAGAUCUAAAUUUGAACGGCGACAGAAGUAUAUCUUUCUUCUACAUCGGUCGAUAUCGAAGCUAACCAAGAGUCUGAGCUGGAGGGAAAGAUAUUUUUGCAUUUCCUUCUCUACGUAGCAUCUGUUCAAGGUUGAGAGAGCAGAUCUCUCAAAUCAAGCCAAAUUGAAUCUACAUCUCGGUUUCAAUUUUGAUAA